GCUCUCAGCAUCUCUAGAAGCUCCAGGACUAACUGGAAAUGGGAGGUGUGGACUUGCUGGGAUUCCUCCUGGUCACUUUGGACUGCAACGUGACCAUGCUGGGGAAGAUCUGGCUCCUCCUCACGGUGCUGCUGCGCCUGGCGCUGCUCGUCCUGGGCGCGCUGCCGGUCUACCAAGAUGAGCAGGAGCGAUUCACCUGCAACACACUGCAACCGGGCUGCGUCAGCGUCUGCUACGAUGCUUUCUCGCCCGUGUCCCCCGUGCGCUUCUGGGUGCUGCACAGCGUGUCCGUGAUCCUGCCCUACGCGGUCUUCAGCGCCCACGUAUUGCACGCAGGGGCCCGGCUGGCGGCCCGCCGGCUGGCUGGGGAGUGCCGUCUGCUGCGCGUACCUGACUUCUCCGGGGGCUACGUCCUGCACCUGUGUCUCCGGACCUUGUUGGAAGCAGCUUUGGGGGCCUCCCACUACCUCCUCUUUGGGUUCCUGGGCCCGGCCAGGUUUUCCUGCAGCCACGCCCCCUGCCCCGGCGUGGUGGACUGCUACGUGUCCCGCCCCACGGAGAAGUCCCUGGUGACCCUGAUCAUGUGGGCAGCCAGCGCGCUGUCCCUCCUCCUCGGGGUCCUUGACUUGGUCCUUAGCCUUCGGGCCAGGGCCAGGAGGAAGACCAGGCUGGUGGCCAAGAGCUCCUCCAUCAGAGAACAGCACGCUGGAGGCCCAGAGGAUGAGGAAGGAGGGCAGUGGGCAGACGGGGUGUCCACGUGUCCCGGCCCCUGGUCCCAAGGCGAGGAUGCCGCCAGCCCUGGUGGUACAUCCCACGAAUCCAGGUGUCGGGAGCUUCCAGAUGAAGAUGCCAGUGAGGGGAUGUCCUUAGCCAGUGAUCACCUGGCCAGGGGGAGCAGGGAGCCAGGGGGCAGGCCACUCAGGGAGGCCUUUCGGCAUCCCAGCAGCUCAGGCUCCACUGGGGUAGAGGAGCGAUCUUCCCUGGACCCUCGCGUCAAGCUGGCUGCACACCACUCCUGCAGUCAGCUGCAGGCCCCUGCUAGGCCAGCCAGCUCGGGCAGCGCCCCUCACUUGAGAGCAAAGAGGUCUGAGUGGGUGUGAAGGGAGCCGCCCUAGCAGGUGCACAGUGGCUGGUCAUUUGGCCACAUUCUGGGAGGGCAGCAUUGGCAUGAAGUCAGUAGGACUGGGCCAGGCUGGCUUUGGGGGGGACGCUGGCCGACCGGGCAGAUUUAUUUAGAAGGCACCGUUCAUGGACUCAGUGCAUCGGGACAUUCACACACAACAACGGA